AACCUCAACGUCUCCUUCCAAGGCUGCGGGAUGGACUCGCUGAGCGUCAGGGCCAUGGACACGGACACGCUCAGCCAGGUGAAGGAGAAGAUUCUGGAGGCCUUCUGCAAGAACGUCCCCUACUCCCAGUGGCCCAGGGUGGAGGCAGUGGAUGCAGAGUGGUUCGCCACCAGCACCGACAGCUACAUCCUGCGGGACCUGGACGACACCUCGGUGGUGGAGGACGGCAGGAAGAAGCUCAACACGUUGGCGCAUUACAAGGUAAACCUGCCGGUGCCGCAGGAAAGCUUUGCCUCCUCGGAGCCCGCCUGGCCCCGGGGGCGAGCGGCGGUUCCCCCCAAACCAGGAUUGUCAGGAACAGUGAAGGAUUUGGACACUGAAAAGUAUUUCCACUUGGUUCUCCCGACCGAUGAGUCCGUGGAACAUAAGAAGUCCCACAGACAGAGCCAUAGGAAGAAGGUCCUCCCGGAGAUCUACCUGACCAGGCUGCUCUCCACCAAGGGCACGCUGCAGAAAUUCCUGGAUGACUUGUUCAAAGCCAUUCUCAGCAUCCGGGAUGAUAAACCGCCUGUGGCCGUGAAGUAUUUCUUUGACUUCCUAGAGGAGCAAGCAGAGAAAAGAGGGAUCACAGACCCUGACACUAUGCACAUCUGGAAGACCAACAG